AUGGGUUUCUCUGCACUUGCAACGCUACUGCACUUGACUACUGCCGCCAUUCAAAUUGGCAUGAACUUGAGUCCAGCACCGGAUAUGUACCGGGUGCACAAGUCCAAGACGACGGGACAAAUGGCCUUGCUCCCGCUUGUGCUCAUGUGCUUUAACAACCACCUGUGGCUGCUCUACGGAUUACUAACUGGAAACAUCUUCCCGCUCUGCGCCACCGCGCUGGUUGGCGAAAUCGCCGGGGUCAUCUUUACAAGCAUUUACUACCGCUGGGCACGAAACAUACUCGGGACCCAACGGAUCUGUGCUGUUGCCUUCUUUGGUAUGGCAGUCGUGACGAUGUAUGUGCUGCUCGGUGUAACUGGCAAAACAGGCCAGACAUACGACCAAGUUGUAAGUAUCCUGGGCUAUGUUGGUGCAACCAUCAAUACUUGCAUGUAUGCAUCGCCCUUGGCCACGAUCAAGGUCGUAGUAGAGACGAAGUCGUCAGCGUCGCUGCCUAUUAACUUGUGUGUCAUGAUCUUCCUCAACUGCUGCAUGUGGUCAGCCUCGUCACUGGUCGACAACGACAUGUUUGUGUUGAUCCCAAGCGUCAUUGGCCUCGUCUUCAGUGGCGUGCAGAUACCGCUGUACUUUAUCUACCGGCCGGUAGACACGUACAUGGAUCGGAAUGCUCAGCUUGAACAAGGCUACGGUACUUCUACAAUCAAGACUGUCGAGAUCGACACGAAGGGCAUGUCACCCAUGACAUAUCGAACAGUACGUCCGUCUUGCGUGGCUCGGUUCGCUGGCUACCAAUACCAACGCGCAGAAGGAACACCAGUCAUGGUAGCAAGUACGCCUUCAUACUCUGGAGCCGAGAAAAGCCAAUGUUUGUUUGAUGAGCUCUCGAUGACUCCGACACCAGGCUCAAUGUACUACACACCUGUUGCCUACGAUGAAGGAGACCUUGAGAUGCAGCCGUUGUUCAUGACGCCCAUCGCAGCCGAAACACUCGUAGUGUAA